GUGCGCAGCGUGGGCUUUUAAAGGGACCCCUCUUCACUGCAGCUGGUCCCUGGCGGGGACUGCUCUCGGUAAAGGCUGAGUGGCCCAGAGAGUCGGGAUCGGGGAGGUGGAGCAGGGCAGGCCUGCAGCAUCUCGCUCCGCCCCCGGAAGUGGUUGGGUCGGAUGCUUUAAGGAGGGGUUGUACAAAUACUCUUCCUGGGGAAUAAUGGGCUCCUGUGGUCAGCAGCAGGAGCAGGAAGGUUAGGGGCUUGCCUCUCGGUGUGGCGAGCUGGGACCCUGGGCGAGUGAGAGGGCAGUUAGGAGGGAUCACAGGUCCGGCUUCAGGGAGUUACGCCUCCCUCUCUCGCUCUCCGCGGUCUGCCGCUCCUACCUUGUGGGCGCGCUCAGUCAUGGCCAGACCCGUGCACGGCUCAGUGAUUGUCCCAGACUGGCACGAGACGGCCGAGGGCAAGGAGUACUUGGCCUGUAUCCUGCGCAAAAACCGCCGGCGGGUGUUUGGGCUGCUUGAGCGGCCACUGCUGUCCCCACCUGUGGCCAUUGACACUGCCAGCUACAAGAUCUUUGUGUCUGGGAAGAGCGGUGUGGGGAAGACUGCACUGGUGGCCAAGCUGGCUGGACUGGAGGUGCCCACCGUGCACCAUGAGACCCCUGGCAUCCAAACCACUGUGGUGUUCUGGCCAGCCAAGCUGCAGGCUAGCAGCCGGGUCGUCAUGUUCCGCUUUGAAUUCUGGGACUGCGGGGAGUCUGCACUCAAAAAGUUCGACCACAUGCUGCCGGCUUGCCAGGAGAACUCGGAUGCCUUCCUCUUCCUCUUCUCCUUCACUGACCGUGCCUCCUUCGAAGACCUGCCUGGACAGCUGGCCCGUGUAGCAGGCGAGGCACCUAGUGUCGUCAGGAUGGUCAUUGGCUCCAAAUUUGACCAGUACAUGCACACGGACGUACCUGAGCGGGACCUCACCACCUUCCGACAGGCCUGGGAGCUGCCUCUGCUGCGGGUGAAGAGCGUGCCAGGCCGGCGGCUAGCAGAUGGGCACACCCUGGAUGGCCGGGCCGGGCUGGCUGAUGUUGCCCAUGUGCUCAAUGGCCUUGCUGAACAGCUAUGGCACCAGGACCAGGUAGCAGCUGGCCUGCUUCCCACGCCCGCAGAGAAGACCCCGGACUGAGAGGUGAUGGUGUCAUGAGUGGGCACCUGUGGCCUCCACACCCAACCCUCAGGUGACCUCACAUGGAGGGCAGGACCUUGAACCUGAGCCAGGGAAUGCAUGUGGGUCCCAUCCUGAGACCUGGCAGGCAAGGGUCCCCUACCCCAGAAGCACCUCCCUAAAGGAACUUGUAGAAGUGAGGCAGGGGCACAGGGCCCCAGAAUUCAGACGUUUCUCCACCUCCUGCUGCCCUUCCCCCUUUUGCUGCACCCAUGGAGGGUGAAGGGGGCUCAGCAGUGUCCUGGAUCUCAGGCAGCUCUGACAGAACCUUCUUAGUUGAGGUGACACCAUCCACUGUAGCAGAUAAGCCUUAGAAUCCCAGUGGCCCAGCUCUGUGGAAGUGUUUUUCUCUUGUGUAUGUCUCACCUCAGGAAAAGAGAAAGUAAAGGCCUGAUCAGAGACCUUGGCAUCUCCUCAGCUCGCCCCAGGGUCCCCAUAUCCUGUCAACAGACAAGGAAUGACGGCAAAUUAAAGGUUACU